AUGCGAACAUUGGAAUGGGAUAAUAUGGAAAUGAAAAUCGAUGGUCGGCAGUUACACCAUGUUCGCUUUGCUGAUGACAUCGUCCUUGUAACACCAAACAUUACCCAAGCGGAACGUAUGCUUGACGACUUUAAUAAAGCCUAUGGAAAGAUUGUUUUUCAGCUAAAUCUCACAAAAGCGAUGUUCAUGAGGAACGGAUUGGUUUCGCAUGCCCAAUUUACGCUCAAUGGAACGAAUAUUUCCAAAUGGCUCCAGUUAUGGCUAUCUAGGUCGGGAUUUCAAUGUGAUGAACGACUUAGCUCCAGAGCUGAGCAAAAGGACACGAGCGGCUUGGGGAGCCUUCAUGAGCAUCGACAAUGUAGUGAAGGGACAAGGAACGCCCGACUCCGUGCCUACCUUUUCGACUCAACGGUACUCCCUGCCCUAACGUAUACUUCAGAAACCUGGUCGCUGCUUAAGCAGGAUGAAUGGUCACUCAGCGUUAUCGAACGCGCAGUCGAAGGGACGAUGCUAGGAGUUUCCCUUUCCACACAAGUAAGGGAUGGGUUCCGAAGCUCCGCUCUGCGUCAACGAUCAAAAAUCAAAGGUGCCGUUCUGCACACCAAACAGUCGAAGAUAAGGUGUGCCGGACGCGUAAUGCGUAUGAAUGACAACCGAUGGACAAGAGCCGUUAGUGACUGGAUUCCUCAGGAUAUUAAACGUACUGCAGGAAGACCACCGACUCUAUGGUCAGAAUUCUUCACAAAAAGCGUAGAAGAAAGAUAG